CCAUCCCAUUCCAUCCCAAAGCUUUGCAAGCGGCAACUUCAGACGCCAAUUGGAGAAAGCCAUAAACAAACAACAGGUUAAUUAAUAAUUAACCAUCAUGGUGAAGACACAAGGUCUGUUGAUUGCCGUCGCAUGGCUUUUGGUUGCCGCAUUCAUUAUCAUGGCAGCGAAUCCCGUCGCCGCCGACGGCAGGCCAACCCCUGAAGUCGCCGGAUGGGGUAGCCGUGGGUGGGGUCGCCGGAGUGGAUGGGGUUAUUAUGGCUACCACCACGGCAGCCACCACGGUGAUGACCACCACGGUGACCACCAUGGGCACCACCGUCGCAUGAUGUGAACGAAAGGACCCGUGGGAUGGUACGAUGGAGAGGGAUGUGGGCAUCUAUCCUUAGCAAGAUGUUGGUAUAGCUAGCUAUAGCUUGAACCUUGCUAUAUGAUUAUAGUUUAAAUUUUCUUAAUUUCCGGUUCGUAGUUCGUUCAAAUGGAAGCUUUAUAUACAUCAUGUACUUUAUAAAAAGAUAUGGUAAUUAUAACUGUCGCAGAUUACUGUGUAAUUCCUUUUGCAUUCUGAAUAUUAUACUACAU